GACAUCAUGAGGUUGCUAACACCUAAACCUAAUCUCCAAACAUCUAUUAAGAUUGUCAAAUAAAUAUUUCUCAAAGCAAUUUCAGACGUGUGCCUUAUGCAAACCUCACUUGAUUUUAGAGUAAAAACAAAAACAUAAUGCAAAUCCCAAAUCAAAAUAUGAAACCCCAAAAUUUUCGCUAAGGGUACUUUUCAACUGUAUAGGUCGAAUUUGAAGGGCAAAUUGACCGUCUUACUAUUACCAGAGUACUUGGCAGGUGUUUAGACUUUCAAUAGUCAGGGGUUUGCAAAAGUAUGAAAUUCAGCCAGAGUAUUCAACAUUUAAUAUUAAACACACUUUAUCAUUCUUAGUCUUGAGGUUUUUUUAAAUUUUUCCAAAAUAUUUUACGGCCCUUGUGAGGGGGAGAGCAAAAAUAUGAAGAACCGAGGCUGGCAAAUACAAAAAUCAAGGUUUGCUUGGAAAGUAAUUACAAUAAAACAGCAGCCACGAUACAUGAUGAUGAGACACAUCAACCAUGCAUUUAAGGGAAAAGCAACUUUGUCCAUCUCCUUCCCCCUUCAAUUUUCCAGAAACCAGGCCCAAAGCAUUUGGUUUGUCUCCCUCAAUGGCUAUGAUUGGUCCAGUUGUGGAGGUUGCCAGCAAAUAUGUAUGCGAUCCCCUUGCUCAUCAGAUCACUUACUUCGCUAAGCUUAGAGAGAAUUUGGAGGUGCUUAUGAGGGCCACGGACGAGCUGAUGAGCAGGAGGGAUGACAAACAAAGAGAAGCCGAAGAAGCUAUCAGGGUUGGAAAGGUCCCAACAGCACAAUUAACUGAAUGGUUGGAAGCAGUCCGUAGAAUUGAAGCCAAAGCUCGAGUUAUAAAAGAAGAGUAUGAACAAGGAAAGAGCUGUCUAAGAGCGAAUUGUUGGUCGCGCUAUAGACUCGGCAAGAGAGCGGUGAAGCUCAGGAUAGAGGUCGAUCACAGGUACCAAGCAACCUUUGAGAAGUUGGCAACCACUCCACCGCCUGAGAGUGCGGUGGUCUUCGAAGGCGUGCCCCCCAUCGAUGACCAGCCCACCACUCUAUCCACCCUUCAACAGCUUCUUGACUGCAUGAACGAUGAGGAGGUCAAGGUCGUUGGAGUGUAUGGUAUGGGAGGCAUUGGGAAGACGACUCUUGCCAAAAAGGUAUACAAUCAGUUGUCUUCACAAUCGCUUUUCGAUACUGUGAUUUGGAUUAAGGUGUCCGAGAAUCUAACUUCAUUGAGUAUCCAGAAGAUGAUUGUAAGUAAAUUGGGCCACAGUUUACAAAGUAAAUUGCCCCAAACUUUACAAGAGGAUAAUAUAGAGGUGGUGAGAGACACCUUGUUGGGCAUUUUGAGGAAGAAGCAGGCACUGAUAAUUCUGGAUGAUGUUUGGGAACCUUUGGUACUUGGAGACCUAGGGAUUCCUUUAGUAAACAAUGAGGGCGGGUGUAAGGUUCUCUUGACCACAAGAAAUCUGAAUGUGUGUACCAGUAUGGAAGCUGACCAAAAAAUACAUGUGAGAAAACUUGUUGAGGAGGAAGCAUGGAAUCUUUUCCAAAAAAAAACAAGCCCGAGCAUUGCUGAUCCGUUGAUAGAACCAAUUGCAAAAACUGUCAUCAAAAAAUGCGAUGGUUUACCCCUCGCAAUCAUUACUCUGGCACGGGCUAUGGCGAAUCGACACACGGUGCAGGAGUGGGAGGAUGCUGCACGUGAAUUGGAGCAUUCUGCCUCGCGUCUCCAAGGUAUGAUUCGAGAUGUAUUCAUUCCUUUGAAAUUCAGUUAUGACAGACUAGAUGACGAAGAUGCUAGAUCAUUGUUCCUGUAUUGCGCUCUGUUCCCCGAAGAUCAUUCUAUACGUGAAGAUCAAAUAACAUGCUACUGCAUAGGAGAAGGAUUCAUAGAUAGCCUAGGUAAUAUUAGGGCCGCACGAAAUAAGGGGCAUACAUUAGUUGGAAGCCUAAAAAUCGCAUGUAUGCUACAAAAUGGUGAUUAUGAAAACUCUGUGAAAGUGCAUGAUGUGAUGCGGGAAUUGGCAAUAUGGAUCACUUCUACCGGGUCCGGACACGGUCCGAAGCACAUAGUGCGCUCACGGGUUGGUCUAAGGGAGGAGUUAAUCACAGCUGAGGAAUGGAAAGAAGCAUCUAGAAUUUCACUGAUGUGUAACAAUCUUCGACAACUCCCAGAGUUGCCACAAUGUCGACAACUUGUUACAUUGCUCCUCAACCAGAAUCGAUAUCUAGAUGCCAUUCCGACAAACUUGUCUGAAUGCAUGAAAGCUCUUUCCGUGUUUGAUCUAAGCGAGACCAAGAUCACAUCCCUCCCUUGUUCCCAAUUAGCAAGCCUCCGUGUUCUUCAUUUGAGACUCUGCAGAAACCUAAAAGAGUUGCCUGCAACAAUUGGAGAGCUCAAUAAACUCCAACUGCUGAACCUAUCAGGCUGUGAUCGGAUCAAAGAGCUCCCUAUAGGUCUGGGGAAGUUGGUCAAUCUAAGGCACCUCAAUCUAAAUUGGACAGCUAGCCUUGAGAGAAUCCCUUCUGGGGUAUUCUCCGGUUUACUUAAUCUGGAGGAGUUGUUAAUGGAGGGUAGCAGGUUGAGAUUGCACACUGAUGAGACCCCUCUUAGAGCGAAUGUGAUAGAAUUGACGAGCUUGACCCGCUUAACCACUCUUGAAAUUACCAUUCAAGACGUGAGCUCUUGGAGUUGGCUCGAGCGGUUAUCUACGAGCAUCCACUCUUUGAGAUUAAUCCGUUGUACCAACACAAAUGAUGGCUUAAUCGCCCUUGCUGAAUCCCGGAGCACAAGAUAUCUGUCUUUUGAGAAUUGCAAGAAUCUCAAACAUGUUUCCACUUGUUGCUCAGAAUUUCUUGAACAUCUUAGAGUGAAAGCAUGUGGGGAAUUGAAGAGUGUGGUGGUUAUAGAGGAGGCUAGAGAAAGCGCAUUCCACAGGUUGGAAAAGCUGAACCUCCAUUACUUGCCUAUGCUGAAUAAAAUAUGCACCGGGGAGUUGCCGCAAGGAUGCUUUGCUAGCCUAAAGAGAAUGGAAAUAGAAUGCUGCCCAAGUUUACGGGUGCUCUUCACAAAUGGCAUGCCGCAGCUGCUCAAACGUUUGGAGUACUUAGAGGUCUUGGACUGUGACAAAUUGGAGAAGAUAAUAGCAGAAGAAGGUGAGCAAGUGCCUGCAGAUGCUUUCCCAAAUCUCCAUAAAGUUUAUCUAUGGGAACUACCUAAACUUACCACGAUAUGUGACCGUGCCUUGAUUUGGCCAUCGCUCAAACACUUGACUAUUGAUAGAUGCCCAAAGUUAAAUAAGCUCCCUUUUGGAGUCUGCGGUGCACAAAAUCUAAACGACAUUUGGAUGGAAGAAUGUGCAGAAUUGGAGGGUGCAAUGGUCGAAUUCCAGAGCUCAGAGGCGUCGUUGCUAGAAAACCUACCCGGGUUGGAGAGGACAUGUGUUGGGAGAUGCUUUGCUAACCUACAGAACUUGGGACUAAGGUCCUUGCAGCGGUUGGAGAGAUUUUUUGUUGGGAAUCCACCGCAAGGAUGCUUUAGUAACCUACUGAAAAUAGAUGUAAUGAGUUGUCAAAGAUUACAAGUGCUCCUCCCAAAAGGCAUGACAAGGCUGCUAAAAAAUCUGGAAACUGUGGAAGUUUGGAACUGCGAGGAAAUGGAGAUGAUAAUUGAGGAGGUGGUUGAAGGGGAUGAUGAUGUGUUCCCACAGUUGAGAUGCUUGCGUUUUGGUGGCCUUCCGAAGCUGACGACCUUAUGCAACAGGGUAUUGAAAUGGUCAUCGCUCGAGUAUUUGGAGAUAGGUGAAUGUCUGGAGUUAAAGAAACUGCCCUUUGCUGUUGGCACUGCACAAAGGCUACAAAAAAUUAGCGUUCAUGGGAGAGAAUGGUGGGAAGGGCUGGAGUGGCGAGACCCAAACAUCCUCAAUUCCCUCCCCAAACCCAUCUUCUCAGAGAGAGAGACACAGGACGAGUAGCUUUUGAUAUGGCAAAAGGAAGGUUCACAGCCAGGGGUUUUAUUGAUUCAUGGAAAUGACUCCCAAAGUUUUCUUAAGAGUGAGCCAUUGCUUUGAGAAUAGAGAAAUUUGGUCCCUAAUUUGGGCCACGUAUUAAAACACCGACUGCUAGUGUCCCCUGCUCUGAACCAUGAGUUUCUCAACAGCUAGAGAGCUAUAGAUUGAAGACCACAACUUUGGUUUUUCUUAGGGCCUUUAUUCAAGAGCCCAAGAUGGGUAUAACAAUGAACAGAUUCAUGUGGAACCAGUAUUAAAAACAACCGCCUGUUCGAAUCAUCAUGCCUCAGUCAAACUGCAAUCGGUAUAUUGAUUUAAAACUGAUGGUUUUAGGAACAUUUGAAGUUCCUAAACCUGGUUUAAACA